CAUAGCACACACGUAGUCACUUACACACAAAGGUUGACAAUUUUUUUAUCACAAGCUCUCCACUUCAUUUCAUCUUCUUUAAAUUCAAAAUUAAUAUAUAUCACUUAUAAAAAUCCAAACUUAGAUCCAUUCCUUCAUUCAUCUUUCUUCAUUUGCGGGUCUUGUUUACUUCACUUCAAGAUUUCAUUAUCAUUUUUGGCCUCCACACUACGACUUGACAAUGGGUGGUAGGCUGACUAAGAGCGAUGAAACACCUAUGACUUCGGUACCUACAACAAAGCUUGAGGCCAAAAUUUUGGAGACAAUGCGUAAGAGAGAAUCUAAAGGGACGUCCAUGAAAUCAUUCAAUACCAUAAUCCUUAAAUUCCCAAAAAUUGACACAGGUCUCAGAAAGUGCAAAGCUAUCUUUGAAGAAUUUGAUGAAGAUAAAAGUGGUACAAUUGAUCCCAAAGAGCUGAAUCAUUGCUUCCGUAAGCUGGAAAUAGAUUUUACUGAUGAAGAAAUUAACGAUGUUUUUCGGGAAUGUGAUAUAAAUGAUGAUAUGGGAAUAAAUUUUAAGGAGUUCAUUGUGCUUCUAUGUCUCGUUUAUCUUCUGAAGAAAGAUGCCGUUUCUCUCCAUUCUAAUUCACGAAUGGGAAUCCCAAAUAUAGAAGCGACUUUUGAGACUUUGGUUGACUCAUUUGUGUUCUUGGACAAAAACAAGGAUGGUUAUGUUAGCAGGAGUGAGAUGGUUGGUGCAAUAAAUGAGACCACUACUGGAGAGCGAUCUUCUGGCCGCAUUGCCAUGAGGAGAUUCGAAGAGAUGGAUUGGGAUAAAAAUGGAAUGGUGAACUUCAAAGAGUUCCUUUUUGCCUUCACAAAGUGGGUUGGAAUUGAGGAUGCGGAGGAUGAAGAAGAGGCUGAAAAUGAGUAAAAAAUGAUAACAAAGCAUGGUGUCUUGCUAUCUUGCACCGAGCAGUUUGGGAAUGUGAGAAGCGAGAAUAUCAAGCCUUGGAACAACCUGUGGAAAUUUCACGCGCACACCCUAUAUUGAUGGCUGAGCCAUCAAGGGGGAAACAAGCUCGAUUUUUGUGUUUUCUUUUGCUUGUACAAGUAAAUAGCUUUGAACGUGGAACUUGUUGCCUUUAUCUAUCAGUAACAUAUUUUGAUUGUUGUAAUGUAAUAUUUGUAAUCUGACGUUUUUGUACAUUGUUCUGCUAGAAUAUUUUGCUUGAA